UGUCAGCAGGGGAAGUGGUGGGCGGUGGGCGUUCCUCCUCGGUUCCUCCUCGGUGUCCGUCUGUCUGUUCUCCUCCUGACUGUCUGUUGAUGCUGAGCAGACCUCAGACCUCUCUCCUCCUCGUCCAGCUAUCCAGAUGUUUCUUCCCACCCUCGUGGAGGACAUGCAUCACUUUAAACCGAGUCGAGACAGACUGUACACCACCAGGUGCUGCGGCUGCUGUCAUGUCCGGACAGGGACCAUCAUCCUGGGGACGUGGUACAUGGUCGUCAAUCUGUUGAUGGGCAUCCUGCUGACUGUAGCUGUGACCCACCCGGAGAACGUGCCCACUAUUGACUUGCAGUACGAGGUCAUCGACCAUUACUUUGCCUCCGACAGGAUGUCUGAGAAUGCCUGCGUUGGAUUUGCCAUCUCUCUGCUGAUGCUCACUAUCAGUGCCAUGAUGGUGUAUGGAGCCAUUACUCAUCGUGACGGUUGGCUCAUCCCGUUUUUCUGCUACCAGCUGUUUGACUUUGCUCUGAGCUGCCUGGUGGCCAUCAGCUCUCUCACCUACCUACCCAGGAUCAAGGACUACCUGGACCAGCUGCCGGAUUUCCCGUACAAGGAUAACCUCCUCUCUCUGGACUCCAGCUGCCUGCUGCUCUUCGUGCUUGUCUUCUUCGCCUUCCUCAUCAUCCUCAAGUCGUACCUGAUCAACUGUGUGUGGAACUGCUACAAGUACAUCAACAACAGGAACAUGCCAGAGAUCGCUGUCUACCCGGCCUUCGAGACUCCUCCCCAGUACAUCCUGCCAACUUAUGAGAUGGCAAUGAAGAUGCCGGAGAAGGAGCCACCUCCCCCUUACAUGCCCGCCUAAACACCAGCCCUUGUUGCCAAAACACAUGCACACACACAUAUACACACAUAUACACACACAAACACAUGCACACACCACCAUAUGCAUUCCUACCUUCCCUCACUAACCCUUUCACCCCUUCUGUGUAUGUGUAAGGCCACUGACUUGUUUUGUUCAACCCCCCACCCCCCUCUGUAGUCCUACAGAGCGUCUAUAGAGCAUCCUAGAGGUGAGAGAUAGAGAGAGAGAGGAGAGAGAGAAAGGUGGGAAAGACUGAAAUCUGACUGAGAUGAAUGAGUGAAUGUGAUGUUUGAAAAGCACUGGAAGCUACCAGCCCACCCUCCCUCCCCCUUCUGGCCUUUUUUAUGUCUUAGUAAAGGGAUACAUGUGAAAAUUAAAUUGCUUGAAAUGCUCAUCGAUCCAGCACCAUCCUAUAUAUAGAUUGAUAUAUGAAGUGUAAAAAAAAAAAUGAUGACAAUCCACUUAUUAUAGCUCUUAUUGUUGGAUUAUUGUGUUACUUUUCCCCCCUAAUUAUUAAGAUCUAGACUAUUCCAUCUGGAGUCUGUAGCACUUUUUCGUCUGUUAUUUAUUUAGCUUUGCUGUGGUUCAGUUCACCCCCCCCCCCCUCCUGACAUUUCAUCACUCGCUAGUGAAGAGUUUCCAGCUGAGACUGAGAGACAGACUGAGAGAAAGAGAGCAGAGGGCUCUGAUGAUGGAUCAUUUCCUCUGCUUCUUUCUCACCCGACAUCUGGAGCAAACGGCUAGUCUUGUGAACAUUAGUAGUUGCAUGCUUAUCAACAGCCUCCCCCCCGCCCCCCCAUUUCUUUACUGGUAAUAUGAUUUUAUCCUAGUGGAAAUACAUUUGACUUCAAUAAACGUUUCAGAACA